GGUGUUGCUAUAUAAGCAACAGGCCUGUAGAAGUCGUGCAGUUUCAGAAGAAACACCUGACGGCAGAGACUGACACAAAGGAACUUCCCAGCGGAAAUCCUUCCUUCCUCUCACUUGGCAACAAAGAGAACAGCAGUGACUGUUAAUCUAAAAAAAGCAAGAUGUCAUCAGCUAAGGGAAUAUCCAUUGGCAUCGAUCUGGGCACCACCUACUCUUGUGUUGGGGUUUUCCAGCAUGGAAAAGUGGAAAUCAUCGCCAACGAUCAAGGCAACAGGACAACUCCUAGCUAUGUUGCCUUUACUGACACAGAGAGACUCAUCGGAGAUGCUGCUAAGAACCAAGUUGCCAUGAACCCCACAAACACUGUCUUUGAUGCCAAACGGCUCAUUGGAAGAAGAUUUGAUGACCCAGUGGUUCAAAGUGACAUGAAACUCUGGCCCUUCAAGGUGGUCAAUGACAAUGGGAAGCCCAAAGUCCAGGUGGAAUAUAAGGGAGAAACAAAGACUUUCUGUCCUGAGGAGAUUUCUUCAAUGGUCCUGGUUAAAAUGAGAGAAAUAGCUGAGGCCUUUUUGGGACAGAGGGUAUUGAAUGCGGUCAUCACAGUUCCAGCUUACUUUAACGAUUCCCAGAGGCAAGCCACAAAGGAUGCUGGAGUCAUCUCGGGCCUAAAUGUUCUGCGUAUCAUAAAUGAGCCCACAGCAGCAGCCAUUGCCUAUGGCCUGGAUAAAGGUAAAAGAGGAGAGUGCAAUGUUCUCAUCUUUGAUCUAGGUGGAGGCACUUUUGACGUGUCAAUCCUGACCAUUGAAGAUGGCAUAUUUGAGGUAAAAGCCACAGCAGGGGACACACACCUCGGUGGGGAGGACUUUGACAACCGAAUGGUCAACCACUUUGUGGAGGAAUUCAAAAGAAAACACAAGAAGGAUAUCAGCCAGAAUAAGAGAGCAGUGAGGAGACUCCGCACGGCCUGUGAGAGAGCAAAGAGAACAUUGUCCUCCAGCACUCAGGCCAGCAUUGAGAUUGACUCACUGUUUGAGGGGAUUGACUUUUACACAUCAAUCACAAGGGCACGCUUUGAGGAACUAAACUCUGACCUCUUCAGGGGAACACUGGAGCCUGUUGAAAAGUCCCUACAAGAUGCUAAACUGGAUAAAUCCAAGAUUCAUGAAAUUGUCUUAGUUGGUGGUUCUACAAGAAUCCCCAAAAUCCAGAAGCUCCUACAGGAUUUCUUCAAUGGUAGAGAUCUGAACAAGAGUAUCAACCCUGAUGAAGCCGUAGCCUACGGUGCAGCAGUCCAGGCUGCUAUCCUCAUGGGGGACACCUCAGAGAAUGUCCAAGAUUUACUGCUUCUGGACGUGGCACCCUUGUCUCUGGGCAUUGAGACAGCUGGUGGUGUUAUGACACCCCUUAUCAAAUGGAACACCACUAUCCCCACAAAGCAGACUCAGAUCUUCUCCACAUACUCUGAUAACCAGCCAGGAGUCCUGAUUCAGGUGUAUGAAGGUGAAAGAGCCAUGACCAAGGACAACAAUCUCCUUGGAAAGUUUGAGCUCACAGGUCUCCCGCCUGCUCCCAGAGGUGUGCCACAGAUUGAGGUCACCUUUGACAUAGAUGCCAAUGGUAUCCUAAACGUAUCUGCAGUGGACAAAAGCACUGGCAAAGAAAACAAAAUCACAAUUACCAAUGACAAGGGCAGACUCAGCAAAGAUGAGAUUGAAAAGAUGUACAAGGCAGAGGAUGACAGGCAGAGAGAGAAGAUCACAGCAAAGAAUUCCUUAGAGUCCUACGCUUACCACAUGAAGAGCAGUGUUGAAGAUGAAGCCUUGAAAGGAAAAAUAAGUGAAGAGGAGAAAAAACUGGUCAUCGACAAAUGCAACCAGACAAUUUCCUGGCUGGAGAACAACCAGUUGGCAGAGAAGGAGGAGUAUGAGCACCAGCAGAGUGAGUUAGAGAGGGUGUGCAAACCAAUUGUGACUAAGUUGUACCAGGGGGCAGGAUCAGCAAGCUGCGGCAGCCAGGCUGGAGGUAGCUCUCAAGGUCCCACUAUCGAGGAGGUUGACUGAAUUUAGGGACU